UGUUGAGAUUUUCCAUCCCCAAUAACUUUAGUUUUCCAUCUCUCAACUCUCUUCUUCACAUCCCCAUAUUACAUAAUAUAUAAAACACACAUUAUAUACAGAUUUAAUUAAUAUUUAAUGGGGAGGCAGCCAUGCUGCGACAAGCUAGGGGUCAAGAAAGGGCCGUGGACGGCGGAGGAAGACAAGAAGCUCAUAAACUUCAUUCUCACAAACGGCCAUUGUUGCUGGCGUGCUUUGCCAAAGAUGGCCGGUCUCCGCCGCUGCGGAAAGAGUUGCCGCCUCCGGUGGACUAACUAUCUCCGGCCUGACUUGAAGAGAGGCCUUCUCUCUAAUGAUGAAGAACAAAUUGUCAUUGAUCUUCAUGCUCAUCUCGGCAAUAAGUGGUCUAAGAUAGCUUCAAGAUUACCUGGAAGAACAGAUAACGAAAUAAAAAACCACUGGAAUACUCACAUCAAGAAAAAACUUCUUAAGAUGGGAAUCGACCCUGUGACCCAUCAACCUCUUACCCAAGAACCUUGUAAUACCGAUAACUCCAAAACAAUCUCAUCGAAUCAAGAUGAUGGCUCACUGGAACCAAAGACAACCAGCACAAAAACUUUAGAAAUAAGUGGCACGACAACAACAGAAGAUGAAAGCAGUAGCACGGUUACUGAUCAAAACAGUUUGGUGGACAAUGAAAAUCAUAUACUUGACAACAUCUAUAAUGAUGAUGAGUUGUUUAGUUACUUAUGGUCCGACGAAACUACUAAAGCUGAGGGCUCGUGGAGUGAUAGUAAUUAUGGCGCCGUGGGUGGAACAUUAUGUGACAACAAUAUGUUAGGCACCGUUGCAGAUAUUCCAAUAUGGUCACCCGAAGGAAUCAACGACAAGGAUUGGAUGUUUCUCGACUAUUGCCAAGACUUUGGUGUUCAUGAUUUUGGGUUUUGACUGUUCGCUAUUGACAUAGUGGCAACUCUAUGGAGAUGAGUCACAAGCAUUAAAGAAUGUCAUGUUUUAUGCAUACGUGGCAUAUAUAUAUAUAUACACACACACACAUACGUAAAAAAAUCAUAAAUAUAUAUAUGUAGUAGCAUAAGAAAUCCAUGUAAAGCAGUAAGGGUGCAACGUGGAUUUCAAGUAUUGUUAAUUAGGGUAUGGUGUAGGGGUUCGUCAAAGUCAAGAAUAUACAAGUUUAUUUAAAUUUCUUUGGUUUUGUAUUGUAAAUUAUUCACAUAAUGCCAAAAGGCUAAGAAGGAAAAAUAUCAUGAAAAUAAUGUGAAGUUUUACGCUAUCAACAA